GAAAUCUCAGAGAUAAGGGCUCCGAGGGCCGAGUUCUGGAGGAGGAGGAGAAGGAGGUGCCAAGAACAGUUGAAUUCCACUACUUCUUACAAUUAUUUGGUACUUUAUUGAGACAGUUGUGAAGCGACAGGGGAGAAAGGCGGGCGGGAGAAACAGUUGGAAGGAACAACACAGGGAUUGAACCGCGGUCUCCGGUGGAGAGAGGCACAUAUGUGGUUAGAACUGGGAAGUGUCACCUACCUAGCGCUACUCUGCAUUGACCCAUUGUUUUGGAUGUGUGACUGAGGAGCACUGGACAACAUCAUGCAGUCAACAGGACCCACCACGCUGAUGCUACUGCUGUCACUGGGAACCAUGGUGACGUGUAGUUUACAACAGGCACAGAGCUCUAUGAACCGUUGUGAUGAGACCGGAGCCGACCAGACCACAACCCCCUGUACGUCGUGUGCUGCCUCCCAGACUCAGCAGUGUCCCUGGGGCUUCAAGAAGUACACCACCCAGCCCAUGGAUACCAACAUUGGCCAAGGUGGUUGCAGGUACUCAGUAACCAUCGCUGGGCAACAGGUGGCGUUGGAAGGCUGCAACCACCAAUGUGAGAGGACCGUCACCGUGCCCAAAUGCUGCGCAGAGUUCUGGGGCCCUCUGUGUCUGUCCUGUCCCAGCUGGAAUGGGAGGACCUGUAACUGGCACGGGACCUGCAUGGAUGGAAUAUCAGGGAAUGGGACCUGUGUCUGUAAUGAGGGAUACACGGGCUUUGUCUGCCAGCAGUGUUCCAACAAGAAUUCAUACGGAGACAACUGUAAAUCAGAGUGUGACUGUGUGAAUGGAGAGUGUAACAACGGUCCUGAUGGAAAUGGAGAGUGCUACUGCCAGCCUCCAUACACUGGACCCAGGUGUGACCAAGUCUCUGCUGCCUGUAAGAACUGCAGUGCCUACUCCCACUGUAAAGGUGUUGUGGAGAAUGCUGUGUGUCAAUGUCUUCCUGGGUUUCACAAGACUGGAGACCGUUGCUCAGGUUUCUGUUCAGCCAAGCAGUGUGAUGUGAAUGCGGACUGUUCUUGGCUGGGGGGGCGGGUGUUCCAGUGCCAGUGUAAGGCAGGUUACCAAGGGGAUGGCCGGGUGUGUGUUCCUAUCAACCCAUGUGACAAGGACAACGGAGGAUGUCCUCGCAACUCCACCGUCUGUGUCUACACCAGCCCUGGCAGGUCUAGAUGUGAGUGUAUGCAUGGUUGGGAGGGCUCUACCCCCUCCUCCGGCUGUGGCCUGAAGACUGUGUGUAAUGACACCACCUGCCACCCCACCGCCCGCUGUGAGACCGGCCUGGACGGAUACCCCAGGUGCCUGUGUGACGCCCAACAGAUCGGCGAUGGCUACCGUUGUUAUGGCAACCUGAUAGAGCGGCUAGUGGAGUUGGACAGGGAGGGGACCCACAAGGGGAAGCUCUCUGGAGCCAUCAUGCUAUUUGUGAGAGGCUGUAUGCUGACCAUGAGCCAACGGGGACCUUUCACCGCUUUCAUCCCUCUACUCAAAGUGCCUCUAGCAGGUGUUUCAGACGAGUCUGUGUGUCAACGUUACCUGGUGAGGGGCCAGUACCUGUAUAAAAGCCUGGAUGGAACCGACGUCUAUACUGCAAGUGGACUACAACUCAGGUUCAAGCCCAAUAAGCAAUUCAUAUUGAUGAAGUCUCCUGAGACUCUCUACUCAGUCAUCCAGCAGGACAUCCCAGCAGCCAAUGGAGUUAUCCAUAUCAUCGACCAGCCAAUCAUUCCCAGGAACAUCCUCUCUGACAGCCCAAAGGAUGAGCAGUUGGCUGAUAAGACCAUCGGGGAGAUCCUCACCAGGGAUGGGAAAUACAACCGCUUCCUGUCGCUGGUGGACAACUGUUGGACUACUCUGCCUCUGAGAGGUCCUGGUCCUCUCACUGUGUUCGUCCCGACCAACGAUGCUGUGGACAAGUUCAGAGACGGCAGGCUGAUAUAUAUGCUGUACCACGCCCAGAGCAAGCUUCAAGAGCUGCUGAAACAGCAUAUCUACACACAGGCUGCGUUGACCGUGGACCAGCUGGCAAGCAUGGGGCUGAUUCAGACCAUGGCCAAUCAGAUCCUACUGGUCAACCUCACCAACGAUGGGCAGGUGCUGCUGGGCGGGAAACCUCUUCAGAGUACUAAUAUUAUGGCAUCCAAUGGUGUCAUCCAUAUGAUCGACGGGAUUCUAGUCCCGCCCUCGAUCGUCCCCAUCCUGCCUAAGAGAUGUGAUGUCACAGAGAGCAAAAUCAUCGUGGGCCCGUGCGUGAGGUGCAGCUAUCUCUAUGAGUCCCACUGCCCCGAGGGAAGCGUAGAACUGCAAAGUCACAUGAAGGACUGUGACUAUCAGACAUCUCCUCUCAACCCCACGCACAAUAAAGGCUGUGCUAAAUACUGCAACACUACUAUUGAGAGAGCGGAGUGCUGCAGUGGGUUCUAUGGACCUGAGUGUAAAACGUGUAUAGGAGGAUUCCAGUCACCCUGUUAUGGCAAAGGCACCUGUUUUGAUGGUAUCCAUGGUAACGGGUCGUGUAGCUGCGAGGAGGGCUUCAAGGGGAUCGCCUGUCACAUCUGUUCCGAUCCCAACAAACACGGAGAGAGGUGUGACCAGGACUGCCGCUGUCUCCAUGGCGUGUGUGAUAACCGGCCAGGCAGUAAGGGCGUGUGUAGAGGGGGAUCCUGCCUGGAGGGUUACUCUGGAGACUACUGUGAUAAGGAGGCUAAGGCCUGUAACUCUGAUGGACUCUCUGAGCACUGCCAUGUCCACGCCUUCUGCAGCUACAUCGGCAGCCACACCAUGUGUAUGUGUAUGUCGGGGUAUGAAGGAGAUGGACACUCCUGCACCCUGACCAACCCCUGCCUGAAGGCCGACAGAGGAGGCUGUGACGCUAACGCCCAGUGUGUGUACUCGGGGCCAGCUAACGUGUCAUGUGUGUGUAACGAGGGCUGGACAGGAGACGGCCUUGUCUGUACUGAGGUGGACAACUGUCUCCUGGAGACCAGAGGCGGCUGCCAUAAGGAUGCAGACUGCACGUCGCUAGGCCCUGGACAGAGUGAGUGUACCUGUAAGAGAGGUUACAUGGGGGACGGGACAGUCUGUGACCUCAUCAACCCUUGUCAGAAAAAGAAUGGAGGAUGCCAUUCUCUGGCUAAGUGUCAGUCGGUGAACGGAGGAAACAACAUCUGUGUCUGUCCAGAAGGGUACGCUGGAGACGGAGUCACAUGCUAUGGGAUGAUGAUCGAGGAACUGGACAUGAACACCAAUCUGUAUGGUUUUUACCGCCUGAUACAGAGGUCGUCAGAGUUUGACCUUAGUGGGAAUAUAACAGCUCUGGUGCCUUCCAGGGACGUGAUCCGCAAUCUAACCACCUCUGAGCAGGACUUCUGGUUUGACCGCUACAGGCUCCCGUACCUUCUAAAAGCCCACUUCCUCCAGGGAAUAUUCUCCGUAGAAGACCUGGACAAGCAGGUCAACCAGCGGUUACCCACUCUACACUUACCUACUACAUGGGAGGUCAAAACUGUUGAUGGGGAAGUUAGGAUAGAGAAUGCGACCAUCCUCACCCCCAACAUCCCUUCUAUCAACGGAUACAUCCACAUCAUUAACACGGUUCUGUUCCCCCCCUUGUCAGAUAUCCCACCAGAACCCCAAGGCCUGAUGCAGUUCCUCAACAACACCCCUACCUCCAGCCUCUUUACACAGGCAGCACUGCUCUACAACCUGACAGAUGAGAUUGGUGUCUAUGAUUAUACGAUCCUACUUCCACACGACGACGCCGUCCGAGAUUACUUGAGCCAGACCAACUCUACACAACUGGGUGAAGAGGUAUUUAAAUACCACGUCAUUCUUCAGGAACAGCUGUUCCCGGAUCAUCUGCGGGACGGGAUGGUGAAGAGCACGUUACUGGGGAAGGCCUACCAGAUCAUGUUCCACCUGGGCAAGAACAAUGAGACGUUGGCCAACGAUGUUCUGCUGGAUGGGAGCCACAGUGAGACGAGACACGGGGUGGUCCUGGCUGUUCCCCAAGUCUUACAGGUCCAUAAGAACCGAUGCAGCCAAGACGUGGUCCUACGGGUCAGAGGGAGGUGCUCAGCCUGUGAUGAAAAACCCAGAUGUUUUGUUAGCUACAAACCAGUCAUGAGUCAGUACCCUCUGAACAUGAGAUCUAACUGCAAGUACAGGAAGAGGGUGGGCUCUAGGAGGAAGUCCGUGGCGGGCUGCAUUAUUGAUUGUUUGAGGACGACACAGGACCACACGUGCUGCUCGGGAUACUUUGGCCAUGACUGUUUUAAAUGCCCUGGGGAGCUGGACAACUGGUGCUCAGGGAACGGAAGGUGUAUGGAUGGGAACCUGGGGACUGGGGAGUGUCUGUGCAACGAGGGUUUCCACGGGACAGUCUGUGAGACCUGCGAACCGGGACGCUACGGCAAGGACUGCAAGUCAGAGUGCAGCUGUGCUCAUGGGAAGUGUCUGGAUGGAGUGACAGGAAACGGGAGGUGUGUUUGCUACAAAGGCUGGAGAGGAGUCAACUGCUCCAAGGAGAUCCUGUCUGACGCCUGUGGCGGAAUCUGUGAUGAAAAUGCAAACUGUAAGCCCAGGGAGACUGAGACAGAGGGCCCUAGAUGCCAGUGUGUUGCAGGGUUCACAGGAAACGGAACCGUCUGCACAGAGGUGAACCUGUGUGCCACUGGGAACGGAGGCUGUGCUCAGGUUGCCAACUGCAUCAAUACGUUACCUGGGGAGAGGACCUGCACCUGUCCAGAAGGAUACACUGGAGACGGGCUGUGGUGUCUAGAGAUAGACGGUUGUUUAGUAAACAACGGUGGAUGUUCCAGGAUCGCAGAGUGCAUCAAAACAGGACCGAACCAGGUUGCCUGUAACUGUUUAUCUGGCUACACUGGGAAUGGACUGUUCUGCUACCCGUUCAACCCCUGUCGGAUUGACAACGGGGGCUGUGGACGGUACGCCAGGUGUCGUUAUGUGGGCAACGGAGAGAGGAACUGCACCUGUCAUGGGGGACACAUAGGAGACGGCUUUGACUGCCGCGGCAAGACCCGCAUGGAGAUAUUUCGCCAGUCAGAUGCUGCGUUGUACCGUCGGAUAUUGAUGGUGUCUGAUGCAAGGAGUCUCUACGGUGAUGGGCCCUUCACUACAUUCAUACCUCCUGCAAACAGCAACUUCUCAGGUUUUAUGUACAUUAAUGAUGACGCUAGGAUCGUCUCCAGUGAUUUUGUUACAGCUGACGGUGUGAUUCACUACAUUGACAAGGUCCUCACCCCGUAUGUCCUGAAGGAUCAAAAGGACGUGCCAUCCAAGCUUAAUUUCACUCAAGCAGGUGAACUAUAUGGAUACAUCAAGUUCAGCAAGCUGGUGCAGGAUGCCAACAUGCUGAGCCUGGUAGAGAGCUCCAUCCAUCAGCCCCUGACCAUGUUGUGGCCGUCUGACGCUGCCCUCAGCUCUCUGUCCGAAGAGAGACAACGCUGGCUGUACAGCCUCGACCACAGGGACAAACUCACCGCCAUCAUCAAAGCUCACAUCAUACGCAACAUCAAGAAGAUGACCUUUACGUCUUUCACUACCUACCGGACGAUGCACGGAUCAGCCUUCACCUUCAGCUGUAACAAGAAAGUCGUUGGGGACAUCAUGGUGAACGACAACAUGGCAAGGGUCCUGGAUCGUUUCAUGAUGUUUGACGGUGGCGUCGCGUACGGCAUCGACCAACUACUGGAACCUCCCGGUCUGGGCGCACACUGUGACGGACUGGAGGACAGGACUUCAUAUAGUCGAUGUGGAAACUGCUUGAGUCCCCGCAACUGUCCCCCAGGAACUGAAGAUACGGGCAAGACUGAGAUCUGCAGCUACAUGAACCCCUACUCUAUGUUCUACCCUCGACGCCACAGUGUGAUGUAUGAUCACGACUUCAGCCUCUACCACUCCAUGUCGAGGCACUCCAUUGGUCAGAAGAUGGGCUGUAAGAGGGAGUGUAAGAGUAGAGCCUGGGUCAUGCGCUGCUGUAAGAACCACUAUGGAAGGGAUUGCCAAGUGUGUUCUGGUGGGUUGGAGGCCACUUGUGGAGAGCACGGGGACUGCGAUGAUGGCCGGCUGGGGUCGGGACGGUGCCGGUGCCACGAUGGCUUCAGAGGAAUGGCCUGUGAGCUGUGUGAACUCAAUCACUAUGGAACCAACUGUACAGCGUGUAACUGCACCAAUCAGGGCCGGUGUGAGGAGGGGAUGGAGGGAGAUGGGAGCUGCUCCUGCACUGAGGCCUGGACUGGAGACCGCUGCCACCUCAAAAUAGAGAAGAAGCUGGUGUGUUCUCCAGAGUGCCAUAGCAACGCUGUGUGUCUGCCCAACAACAUCUGUCUCUGUCAGUCUCAGUAUGUGGGGGACGGCUCCAACUGCACCGCUCCUGAUCUGUGUGCGGAGUACAACGGGGGCUGCCACCAGCAUGCAGCCUGUCUCCAGACAGACCUGCAGGUCAACUGUACGUGUCUGUCUGGCUACGAGGGUGACGGCUCUGUCUGCUCACCUAUCAACAGGUGUGUCGCAGAGACCAACGGAGGAUGCAGUGACUUCGCUACUUGCCUGUUCACAGGGCCUAAUGAGCGUCAGUGCGAGUGUCUUGAUGGGUACGUGGGGAACGGGCUCCAGUGUCUGGAGAAGGUGGUUCCUCCCAUCGACCGCUGUCUGGAGGAGAACGGAGGAUGUGACCCCCAGGCUACAUGCAAGGACCUGCAUUACCACAGUAACACUGCCGGAGUGUUCCACCUGCGAUCCCCUGCAGGGAAGUACCAGAUGAACUACACGGACGCUGAGCGAGCCUGUCAGGCUGAGGGGGCUACGCUCGCCACCUUCUCUCAGAUGGCUGAUGCGCAACAGCUGGGGAUGCAUGUGUGUGCUGCUGGAUGGAUAGAAGGGAAGAAGGUGGGCUAUCCGACCAGGUUUCCCUCGGUCAGGUGUGGUGACAACCAUGUUGGUAUAGUGCUGUACAACGACCCGGUGGACCCCAGCAGACAAUACGACACCUACUGUUACAGACUGUCAGAUGUGUCCUGUGUGUGUGGAAGUCGGUACGUAGGCAACGGGGAAUUCUGUAACGGAGACCUGGCCAGUGUUGUGGCUACCAACUUAAACUACUCUGUAUUCUACAAUAUAUUGUUGAAGUAUGCAGGCUCGUCUACAGAGGGAGAAACUCUAUUGGACUUUCUCUCCACCAGUUCAUCCUAUGCUACUCUGUUUGUGCCACUCAACGCUGGGUUCUCUGAGAAUGAGACGUUAUCAGACCGGGAUGUGGAGUAUCACAUCUCCACUAACAACAGCAUUAUGCUCUAUGAGGACCUGAAACACGACGGAGUCGUCCCCUCCCGACUGGGAUAUAACCUCUCGGUGGCCAUUUCCUCCAGCAACACCACACAGCAGAACCAGGAGCCCCAGACGUUCAAACUAGUGAACCGAAGGCUAGUGUUGACCUGGGACAUCCCAGCAUACAAUGGAAUCAUCCAUGUCAUAGAGGGCCCACUCAGAGCCCCACCCCUACCAGUGCACCAUGCCCAGUCAUCAGGCCCUUCCCACCAGGGCGGGACUGUGGCCACCUCCAUCCUGGUCCCCUGUCUGAUAGGCUGCGUCAUCGCUGGCCUCACCUACUACGUCUUCAAACACAAGAACGACGCCUUCCGCUUCCAUUACUUCAAGAAUGAAGAGGAGGAUGAUAAACCUGCUCUGAUGUCCAUUCCCAACCCUCUCUACAACGGAGCCAGCGCCUUCAACCAACCCUUUGGUAUCAAUGAACAAUGUGCUUCACCAGCAGGAGAGGCAGAACCAGAACCGGCUCCUCCAGCACCUCAACUACUGGAUUAAUGAGAACAAUAAAACUCUAUGGAAGAGCUGGAGUCAAUUGACUUUCUGCAUUUGAGCAAACUAUGCUGGGAAUGUGUAAAUAAAACACGAUUUAGCCCUGUGUUUUCCAAAGACAAUGGCUGGGAUUCAAUCCGUAGAAAUGCCGUCUACCAUGUGCUUUUUAAUGUUCCUAUGUUUGUGGAGAUCCUCUACUCCUGUAGCUCAGUUGGUGCCAGGGUUGUGGGUUCGAUUCCCACGGGGGGCCAGUAUGAAAAAAUGUAUGCACUCACUAACUGUAAGUCGCUCUGGAUAAGAGCGUCUGCUAAAUGACUAAAAUGUAAAUGUAAAAUGUACUGGCAAACACUAUUGGAAUUUACUUUUAAAAUGUCAAACGUGUUAAAACGCGGCCUCCUUUAAAAAGGCACAUUGUCAGCUGUCCUAUGUGUAUAUAUCUAUAACAUCUUGAAUUUAAUCCUGGCCUAAUCCUGGCCUAAUCUCGGCAGUAGGUCUGUUUUCCAAAGAUCUGUAAGGGACUAGGGCUAGGCUAUUUCAGAACUGGAUUGAAGACUCAACCCUCCACAGAACACUGAUGCAAAAUGUCAGGCAUGUUUAUAUGUUAUGACACUGUAUUAAAAUAUUCCUUCUAGGCA